AUUAUUAUUAUUAUUAUGUUUUGGUAACUUUGGCAUUUGUUUAUCAUUUUUGUUUACGUUUUUAUUUUUCUUAAUAUUCCUCUUGUCCAGUCACAACAGUGUCGUAAAAAUGCUUUAAAUUAAAUUAAAAAAAAAAUUAAAAAAACCCUGACAUCUGAGUCUGGAUUUGCGUUGUGAUAAGGCUGCAUUCUAUGUAGCGUCCCACUCCCUGUAACAGUGCUCUUCAUAGGGUAUAAAGUAGUGGAUUAUGCAGUCUAUCUAGUGCACUGUGUGGCUCGUGAGAAGCCAUUUGGGACGCCGCCGAUGUCAGCCGAGUCUUAAAGACUGGUUAGCAAGCUAGCUGCUUCUCCACAGGAAGCGAGAACGGGCUUGUCUGAAAACAGCGUUAAUUAAUCGACACUCAUCUUUCUGUUUCGUUUCUUUCGAAAGGUAAAGGAAACAGUUUCUCCAGUGAGCGUCUAUAAAAACAAGGUGAGCCUAGAAGACUUUAUUAUGGGUGGAAACAGGCUAUAAACCAUCUUGGAUCAUUACUCAGAAAUGCAACAGUAGAGAGACUCUUAGGGUCCAGAAUUAUUGGCACCCUUCAGCAGAAAGAGCAACAGUAAUAAAAUAUACACACAAUAAUUCCAAAUUUCCACUCAGAAGGGCAGUCGGUUAUGGCUGAUGAAAACACUCACCUUUGCUCUAACUGCAAACAUGACAUUCCUGAAGCCAACUUCACCACACACGAGAUCCACUGUCGACGCAAUAUUGCGCUGUGUGAUGUGUGCCAGGAGCCCGUCCCCCGAGCUGAGCUGCUGCAACAUAAAGAGCAGGAGCAUUCACAGGAACAAUGCAAAUGUGGUCUGAAGAUUGAAAAGAGGCUCAUGGAGACCCAUCAGAGUUCCGAGUGCAGCCAGCGUCUGAUCCCGUGUCAGUACUGCGAGCUGGAGCUGGUCUUCAGCCAAGCCCUAGAGCACGAGGAGUACUGCGGGACGCGUACCGAACCCUGCCCUGUGUGCAAGUGCAACAUCAUGUUGAGGGAGAAAGCCAUCCAUCCGGCCCUGUGUGGGAGCCUCACACCUCCCCAGGAGAGGAGGAUGGCCUCCCAGUCUCCUGGAGCAUGGUUUGAGACACAGUCCAUCCACAACCUGUUGAGGGGGCAAGAAAGGAGCAAUAAUAAUAACAGCAGUGCUGGGUUAACAGAGCGAAGAGGCCCACCACGGCCACUAGAGAGCAGACUGCACAACAGCACUAGAGGAGCAGUGGGAACGGGGGCCAGGAGAGACACGGCGCAGAGGAACAACGAAUUUGCUCGCUUGCUAGAUCAGGAAGCAGAGCUGGAGAACAACAACAACAGCCUGCUGUGGCCCCUGAGCCAGCUGCCAGAUUCCGACUCCUCCGGCCUGGACUACCUGCUGGCCCUGAGUCUGCAGAGUGAUGGAGAUACAGAAGAGCCAGACAUUCAGCAGGGCUUGUGGACCGACGUCUGGGAUCGACGUUUAGGCAGAGCACCUGCCCCAAGCACCUUCAGCUCCCAGAUCUCUUCUGCCAAUAAUAACAACACUCCAGCUAGCACUAACAUGUCCGCCGAGAUCAUGCUCCCCUGUGAGUUCUGCGAAGAGCUCUUUCCAGAAGAGAACCUCAUUUUACACCAGACGGGUUGCAGCCCCGCCUCUGCCAUCGCCUCCUUCAGCAAGCAGCCUCCGUCUCUGCACCAUGAAGAGCCUUUCACCGACGAUGACAUCAUCACUCCCCGCACCCCGAGUCCUCCCAACCUCCCCCAGUCAGUCUCCCCUCUUUCCUACAGCCCUCCUUCAAGCCCAGUAGAGGGUGAUGUGCUCAUUCCCUGUGAGUUCUGUGGAGUUACUCUGGAGGAAAAUGUCGUAUUUCACCACCAGGAUAAGUGUGACCUCCGUCCUGCCACGGCUUAUCAAACGGAUGGAGCGUCGCUAUCUCCUUGGAAACCCAUCCACUCAACCAAUGAGAGGUGUGGGAGGAGUUCUCCGGAAAGACAAAGGAGAGUGAAACACCAGGCAGAUCCUGCUGAGGAGUUCUUCAUGCCAACUCUCCAUGGCUGGCAGAGCUGCAGGUCUCCUAUGGACCUGCGGAAGCCGUCUGCCUUCAGAAGUCUUUCCUCCUCCGGGAAGAACACCAAUGCAGAGCUGCAAGGAAAGAGUAGGAGUCAGUGGGGGAAAGGCACGGAGACUUACUCAUCUCACUUAGAUCCUCUCAGUGGAGGCUACAAUUCCAGCACUGCAGGGUCUUCUGGGCUUCAAUCCAGAGACAGAGCAGAGGGUCGUCGCUGCCAAAAGAACACGGCAAUGUCAAAGGAGCCCAAGAAGCAGAACACUGAAAAAGAAAAGGAGGAAGAGUAGGAAGUGUCAGCUUCACUAAUCAUUGUGGGAGAGAGAUGGCUCAGAUUAAUUAAUGUUGAAACGCAGUUUGUGCGUGUAUAUAUGUGUGUAUUGUGGAGAGAGGGUGUGUAUACUUCGUGUUUGUGUCUACGUCUAAAAAUGAUUCAUACUUUCCUCUUCUAAACUAUUUGCUUUUGUUGCACUAUGUUUAAAAGUUGGUUUUUUUUCUGUGUUCCUGUGUGUAUGUUCUAUCAGUAUUUUUUUUUUUUAUACUUUUAGCUCCUUUAAUAUUUUAUCAGGACUAGAAGGACGCUAUAGCUUUUUCUAUUUUCUUAAAAUCUUCUUAAAAUAACUGUGACGAUACAUUUGCAUUAAGCUAAAUUCUGUCCCUUAUUUUGCAUACUGUGUAUUAUGUGACGGUUUCAGGAUCAAUCCAAGCUGAGGCAAUCAACUUGUGUAAACUUUUCAUAUUCUUUUGAAAAAUGCCUUAUAGAUACAAUAAAAGCCUCCAUCCUA